UCAGCAGGUUUGGGGAGUGAAUUACAGCCCUUCAUAUGUUUGUGCAUUAAGAGGCUCAACUGUGAGAAUAACCUGUACUUUAAAAUAUCCAUCUGGCCAUGUGGUGAAUAAAGGCUUCUGGAGCGAAACUGCAUAUAUACCCAAUGCAGAACCACCAGACCUGUGUGUGGAUCCAGAAAACAGAAGAAGAGUUCAGUGUCACAGUGAAAAUAAAGACACUCACAACAUCACUUUGAAAGAUGUGACAGAAACUGAUAAACACAACUACUACUGCAGAUUUAUAACAGACCAAACAGGUGGUAAAUGGACAGGAGUUCCUGGAGUUCAGCUUGAUGUCACAGACCUGCAGGUGGAGACAAAUCAGAGAGUGAAAGAGGGAGAUUCCGUGACUCUAACAUGUAAAACCACCUGCAGUCUGACUGAAGAAACAACAUUCAUCUGGUACAGAAACACACAGAGAUUCAAUAAAGGAAGAAUUACAUUGAAUCAACUUCACCUGCAGUCAGUCAGUCGUAAUGAUUCAGGAGUUUAUAGAUGUGAUGCUGCUGUAAGAGGAUCUGAACGUCUUCUGUCCUCUCCUGAUGUUUAUCUUAGUGUUGAGUAUCCUCCUGAGAAAACUUCAGCAUCCAUCAGUGGAUCUGGUGAAAUAAUGGAGGGUGAUUCAGUGAAUCUGACCUGCAGCAGUGAAUCAAAUCCACCUGUUUACAACUACAACUGGUUUAAAGGAGAAAAGUCAGUGGGAUCUGGACAGAUCUACAGCAUCAAGAGUAUCAAAUCAGAUCACAGUGGAGAAUACAAGUGCAAGUCCAGAAAUAAACAUGGACAUAAAUAUUCAGAUGCUGUGGUGCUGAAUGUGAUGUAUGCACCAAGAAAUGUUUCGGCAUCCAUCAGUAGAUCUGGUAAAAUAAUGGAGGGUGAUUCAGUGACUCUGACCUGCAGCAGUGAAUCAAAUCCACCUGUUCACAACUACAACUGGUUUAAAGGAGAAAAGAUAGUGGGAUCUGGACAGAUCUACAGCAUCACGAGUAUCAGAUCAGAUGACAGUGGAGAAUACAAGUGCAAGUCCAUAAAUAAACAUGGACAGAAAGAUUCAGAUCCUGUGACGCUGAAUGUGAUGUAUGCACCAAGAAAUGUUGUGGCGUCCAUCAGUGGAUCUGGUGAAAUAAUGGAGGGUGAUUCAGUGAAUCUGACCUGCAGCAGUGAAUCAAAUCCACCUGUUCAGAUCUACACCUGGUUUAAGGAGAAUGAAACAUCAUCUGUUGGAUCUGGACAGACGUACAGCAUCACUAACAUUAACUCCAGACACAGUGAAUGGUUUUACUGUGAGGCUCAGAAUGAAGUCGGAUCUCAGAGAUCUGCUGCUAUAUCAGUCAAAGGGGUUCAGAGUUCUGCUCUGUACGCCGUUUCUGGGAUUGUGGGAUGCCUCUUGUUGGUUAUCAUCAUUUUCAUUAUACUGUAUAAAUGGAAAAAGAGAAAAAAUGGUGAAGAUCAGGCAAGUCGGCAAAACAGUUAUAUUUUUUGCAUUUAUUAA